GUCCGUUAACAAGUUUAUACUUUGACUACAACUCGGGAAAGCUUUCGUGAUUAGUUUGACUUUACUGUUUUCAUUUCUAGUCUUCAGCUUGUGGAAACACCUCGCUUCAAAUAUAAAACUACAAGCUUUUAACAAUGCCUAGAAGAUAUCGCAAUGAUAAUAAAAAAGAAAUCAUGAACAAUAUGGUACUCGUGUUAACCAAUUUCAUGAGGAAAAUGGGGAGACAAAAUGGCUAUCAGUCUGGCAAUGUGCAUUGGCUUGCUAAAUUUGCUAUACUUUGUUACCUCAGUACUUAUAUUUUACAAUUGAUUGCAGUAUUUUUAGCAAAAGGUGACACGGAGCGACUAUUCGAAUGCGUCAGCGUUGCAUGCUUCUGUGGCGUCGGAUUGCUAAAAUUAUAUUUACUUUUGUCAAAACAUAGUCGUUGGAGUUUCCUAAUUAAUCAAAUAACACUAUUGGAGAAUAAGCAAUUAAAUUCUGAAGAAGAUACAUUCUGUUUGGAUUAUAAGUCAGAAGACGAAGAUUCAGAAAAUCAAUUUACCCCAUACAUUAUAUCUUACAACAAAAGAUUUGUCGCGAUCUCUACCAUUCUUGUCAGAAUAUAUGUAUCGACAGGAGUUGUGUAUGCUGUCUCACCGUUUGCAGAAUAUUCUUUUAGAAAAGUAUUCCUGAAUGAAACUUUGGGUUAUCCCCAUAUAUUGCCAUGUUGGGCAGUUCUAGACGAACUAAGUUUCUUAGGAUAUUUGCUAACGAUUGUAGCUGAAGCUGUGGCGGCUAUUUAUUGUGUUGUUGUGCACAUAACGUUCGACAUAACAGCCGUAGGCAUAAUGAUAUUCAUAUGUGGUCAAUUCGAAUCGCUCCGCCGUUGCAGCGAGAGUAUUGGUGGCAAGGGUAAAGUAUGUAAUGUGACCGCAGAAAGGGACGCUCGAGCACGUUUCAGGAUAAAAAAAUGCCACCGUAUUCACGUAAUUCUGAUUCAUUCAAUUAAAGAAUUAAAAGAAUUAAUUAAGAAUAUAUUAGGAGUGUAUUUCUUCGUUGCUACUUUUAAAUUGUGUUCUCUUGCUGUUAGACUAAAAACGGAAAACAUGAGCAAAAUGCAGCUCGUAACUCUGGUGCAAUAUCUGGGUGCCUCUAUCACACAGUUGUUUUUAUUAUGCUACUACGGAGACGCUGUGUUUAACGAGAGUGCAAUUACAAUGGGACAAGGUCCAUUUGGAGCAGCUAUUUGGUGCGUAAGUCCUAAGAUACGCCGGGAUAUCGUAAUUCUCGGCAUGGGGAUGAUGAAACCACAUUCAUUACAAGCCGGGCCUUUCAAUGUGCUGAAUUUGCCUUCAUUCAUACAGAUUGUGCGUACCGCAUAUAGCUGUUAUGCAGUAAUUGGACCUAAAUAAAAAGUAAAAUACAUAAUCCUAAUUUUAAAAUAUUUAAUUUUGAUCUUUCUGCGGUUAAUUUGCGAGUAUUUUUAUUUGAUCUAGCUUUGUAUAACAUGUUCGGCAGACUUAUAGAUACCUAUUUAUUAUUAGUCCAAAUAUUUUGUUUUUAAUAAAUAGGCAUUGACAUUAUAACAUAGGUAUACCAAGGUAUAAUGGUUAACUUUAGUAAAGUAAGGAAUAAAAUUGCACAAUAAUUUACUAUUAAUUAAAACACAAUGUAACUAGCACCUUCACUUAUCUUUAAAAAUGAAGUGCUAACGCAAUAAAAUCACUAUUCAAGA